UCGAAAUAGAAAGAAAAAAAAAGUGAGUUUCCUGUUGGUGAUCAUGCGCAGAUCACUGACAAAGGUUGUUGUUAACUUAAAGUGCCGUUAGUUUCAAAUGUUUUGUUUUGUAUGAGAAAUAAGAAAGUCGACAAGAAAUGCCCAACAAGUCGAUUCAAAAUGGAGAAUGUUGCACACCGGCCGGCUGCCUGUCGCUCGUUGACGGCGGCCUAACAUCGAGAGAAGUCGACAACGAGUUGUCUGAAGACGGUGAAUGUGAUGCUGUCAAGGUGCUGUGCAAUAACGAGCUUUGCACGUCCAGUGGAUUGAUGCAUCGCCAGUGCUUCGACCAGUGGGAAUCGUCCAUUUUGCACUAUUUGCGUAGUUGCGGCCGCGCCCGCAGCUGGUCGGAGCGUCAGCGAUGUCAGAAUUUGUGGACCAAAAAAGGAUACGAUUUGGCCUACAAGGCCUGCGGGUGCAUGUGCGGACGCGGCCAUUUGCGCAAAGAUUGCGAAUGGCAGCCGGCAAAGAAACCGUUGGCAAUUGAAACGGCUGUUGUUGGCGAAGAACAACAACAACAACAAAAGAACAGACAGCAACGCGGCCGUAAAUCAUUGGCGAAAUUGCCAGUUGUCUCGCAAGCUGUGCAUCCUAAACCCAGUAGUAGCAGUAAUAGUAGCAAUAAUAGUGCCGCCCAGCUGAUGAUGAACAAUCAAAUGCGUCAUCGAGCCAAUAGUCUGUCGUCGACGGGCUCGACGGCUUCUUCUUCGGGUUCGAGUUCGCCGCCAGAAACAGCCGCCUCGUCUUCAUUGGGAGCUAAUGGCAACGGUGCGCCCGUCUUUGUGCUAAGCAAUAAUAAGAAUAAACGAACGAGUAGCACCAACGAACGUGAAAGGCGGGGAUCGGGAAAUAGUGGACUUUUUGUUCAUCGGGCCAACUUUAGUUCAUUCAAUGCGUUACCACGCCACAAGCUCAACUCUUAUCACAUUAAAAUGGAAGAUGAGGGCAGCUACGGCAACGAUGAUAUUCGUUGUUUCAUUUUGUCAAAUUUAGCCACAGCUAAAAUGUCGAAAACGUUCUGCGUCGUCUGCCAGAACGCGAUGCAGAUUUACGACCGAUAUCCGCUCAUUGACGGCACCUUCUUCCUCUCGCCCAAGCAGUACUCCAAGGCCUGCAUUCCCGUGACUUCGGAAGGACGUCAGCAAUAUUUAAGCGCUGUUUGCAUGUCGUGUCUGGAGGGUUGGACGUGCACGUUGCGAUGCCGGUCGUGCAGGACGCCGUGGAACGGCGGUUCGUUUAUUCUCGGCACAUUGUACUCUUAUGACGUUUUUGCUGGCACUCCAUGUUGCCCCGAACGCCUCAGGUGUAAUCAAUGCAGCGGAUUAGUGGUGCAGCCGGAGCAAAGAUACCAGAACUUUUCGCAGUACAGUCGCGAUUUAUCGUGUCCUCACUGCGCCAGUCACGAUCACCAUUUUGUUAAGCCACUGCCUAGCGUGUUCCAGCUCUUUCGAUCUUCCGGUCGGGAACAACACGCCAUCGCCACACCUCCCACUAUUUAACACUGGAAUAUUGCUAAUUAAAAACAAAAAAAAAAAAAUACGGAAUAGGCUAAAAAAGCAUCGAGAGUUAGGAUACAAUUUAGGUUGAUAAUUUUACACCUAAUACCCCCUUCCCCAUGAAAAGAAUCUUGCAGAAAAAAAGAAAUCAGGAUUCAAAAAAAAAAAAUUGUGGAAAAUUAUUUUUAGCCACAUAUUUUCUAGUGUCUGCAAAGUGCGAGACAAUGAAAAAAUAUAUAGGCGACCAAUCACAUUUUUUUGCUAUUAAAAUGAGGUAAUGAUGAUGUAGAGCUUCUUCGUGACGACAAAAACUCCAUUGUUUCUUCUUAUACAAUAAUUAUCAAAUAGCGAUCAAGUGUUUGUCCUUGGUGAGGAAUGAGAUUUUUCAAGUUCGUUUGAAUGUCAAGAAUUUGCUGUUUGUGUCGAACAGCAGGUUGUGCGUGUUGUGAAGAAGGCUCCCCGCUUUUCGGGAAAAAGGGCGGGGCCUCUAGUUGAGCGUGGCGCUACGGACCAAGUACAAACCUGUUUAUUUUUUUAGUAUUUUUUUUUUUGGUUUAUUUCACGUGAAUUCUCUCAGCCAAAUCAGCAGCUGAAUGAAAUUCCUCUUUUAUUUCUUCUUUUCUAGCUAAAAACAUACACAAAAGAAAAGUCCUUAGAAUAUAAAAAGACAUUUUUUGCUAGAAAUUAUUAUUAAUUUAGCCAUAUCAACGGCUUAUUUUUGUCGUCAAUGUUUAUACUACCACUAUUGGAAGAAAAUCAUUUCUCGUUCGUGUAACUUUUUUUUUUUCUCGGUGGAACAAUAAAAUUGAGAAUUUCUA